CCUUUAUAUUGUACAACCUCACAACACCUACAUUUUUUAACAAAUGGGGAAGAAAAGAAAUAUUCCACCAACACCUAUACCGGUACCUAGUCGUGUAAAGGUAGAAAUAAAAGAUGAAUUAGGUGAUAGUGAUGUAUUGGUUGCAAGGGAUCGUUUAAAAGGAGCUCUCAGAGAAUUGUUGCAACACAGUGAUACAGGAUCAUCAGCAGAUUCAAGUGAAGAAAGUUCUACACAAGAUUAUAAACAUCAAAUGAAAAAGAUUGAUAACAUGUAUAGAACAAAAUCAAUGGGUUUUCAACAACCACGUAAAGUACGACGUCGUAGACAAGUGCAAAUGGAUACUGCAUUUCAUCACACUUAUGUAAUGAAGUUAUUUGAUAGAAGUGUUGAUUUAGCACAGUUUCAAGAAGAUACACCACUUUAUCCCAUAUGUAGAGCAUGGAUGGCAAAUCAACCAAGAAAUCCCAAUCUUGUUCCCAAGAUACGUAGUCCAAGUCCAGAAAUAGUAAAUGAAAUCAAUAUAAGUAAUAACAUAUUGGACAGUAAUGGAGAAGUUCGUGAUGUUUAUUAUUUACCACCUCCAUUACCUUGUGAAGAGGCUAUACCUAGGAAUCGUAUACCCUCACCAAUAAAUAGAGAUAAGGAAGAAUUGAAUUUAGAUUAUGAUGGUCAAACUCUAAAAUCACGAGAAACGUUGUUAAGAGAACAUCGAAUUCAUUGGAAUACUGUGCGUAAAAAGUGGCAUCAGCAGGCAUAUAAAAAUGAACAACGUUUUACGCAAAGUGGAAAUAUAUUAAACACUAUAUUUAAAAGGUACAUAAUAAAGAUAUUAAAAUGA